CCCAAGCCUGCGCGCUACGCGUAGUCGGCGAUAGCGCUCAACCUCAAUUUCAAAUCUAAGCCCCCGCAUCGGGUCUUCAAACGCGGGCGUUCCAAGACAAUAAACGAGACAGGAAACAUGGGGUACGAUAGGCCUGCAGACGAGUCCCUCUCGUCGGAGGUACCCCUAGAAACCCGGUCGAUCGAGUCAAAAGAAACGAUUCCAAUCGGCAAGUCGUAUGCCCAGCCCGACGAUAGGCCUACACCGCAAGUUGACAGCGAUGGAGACCUCAUCCAACGGGACCGUAGCAACAGCUGGACUGCUGACUUGGAAAACACGGCGGACGACGACAAGACGGUGGGGGGCCCGGACGAGCAUGAAAUCGUUCAGGACGGUGUGGGCUACUCCCCCGCCUUGAAGUAUGGCCUGGAAGGUCAAGAUGACGACGAGUCGUACCCCGAAUUAGAUGACAUGACGGUCGAAGAAAUCCGCCCUGCGCCUAAGCGACGCAGAAAUGGUCGAAUCCGAUGGGCCCCGUGGAACGUCCCCCUCGGGCGCAGAUUGCAGACGCUGGUUGUGCUUAUGCACUGCAUGUCCAUCGUCUUGACAGUUUCUAUCUUCUUCGCCCUCUGCGCGGUCCCCUUCGCCUGGCCCCUGCUCCUCAUAUACCUCCUGUACGUGCUAAGCUCGAAAGCUGCCACGGACGGGUCGCUCAGACACCGGUCCGAAUGGUUUCGCAGGAGCUACAUCUGGCGUCUCUUCGCGGCCUACUUCCCGGCGAAGCUGCAUAAGACCCACGACCUUCCACCCACUCGGAAGUAUAUCUUUGGCUACCACCCCCACGGCAUCAUUUCCCAUGGCGCGUGGGCAGCCUUCGGAACGGAGGCUCUGGGUUUCUCCGAGCAGUUCCCCGGCAUCACCAACAGCCUGCUGACCCUGGAUUCCAACUUCCGCAUCCCGCUAUACCGCGAGUAUAUCCUAGCCGCGGGGUUGCGGUCGGUGUCGAAGGAGUCUAUCGUCAACAUCCUGACUAGGGGUGGGCCGAACGGCGAGGGCAUGGGCCGCGGCGUGACCAUCGUCGUCGGCGGAGCUCGCGAGUCGCUUGAGGCGCAGCCAGGACAGCUGCGUCUGGUUCUCAAGGAGCGCAAAGGCUUUGUCCGGAUCGCCAUCCGGACGGGCGCCGACCUGGUCCCCGUGCUAGCAUUCGGCGAGAACAACCUGUACGACCAACUACGGGCAAAGGAGCAUCCGUUCGUCCACGACCUGCAGAUGUUCAUCCUCAAGGUGUGGAAGUUCACCCUGCCGUUCCUGCACGGGCGCGGCAUCUUCAACUACGACGUGGGCCUGAUGCCGUACCGGCGGCCGUUAAACGUGGUGGUCGGGGCUCCGAUCAAGGUGACGCAGUCGGCCGUCGUGGACCAGGCGGAGGUCAACCGGCUGCACGAGCUAUACGUGGCCGAACUAGAAAAACUAUGGGAUCGGUACAAAGACGACUUCGCCCCCGAGAGAAGGGAGGAGUUGCAGAUAUUGUCCUAGAUAAAACGCGCCGCGGUGUAUGGUUUCUCGAGGUUUCCUGUGUCUAUUUUCUUUUCUUUGAUAUACCUAAUUAGGCUUGCGCACGAUACC